UUCAUUGUAUUUUUGAAAACUAUUUUCGUGGAAAAAUAACCUAAACUUGGUGCUUUUUGAAAUUACAUCAGUGACAGGUAAUAGAAAUGGUGGGGAGUUGUGAGAAGGGUGAUAACAUUGGUGGUAUAAAAGCAUUGAGAAAGCACCCCGGACCUCACAUUUCUUUAGCAAACAUUCCAAGCGAAACUGUUUCCAAAACGUGCAAAAUGGAGAGCAAAUUCUUUAUCUUCACCUUGAUGUUCAUCGGAGCUUUAAGCGCUUCCCCAGUUUACAAGCACGAAUCGCAGAUGGAAGGAAGAUCUCUGAGCGAAGGCCAAGAAACGAACGCAACUUCACCGAUAAAAGACAACAGCAUGGAUGGUUACUUGGUUCCUGUUAAGGGCAACGAAGAACCAACGGCUCUAUCAACCUUCGUGCCCAAAACCAAGGCAAGAAUUUUCAUUACUACCAUUGCUCUAGCUCUACUUGUGAUUGCUACAGAGAUGGCCGUAGCUAUAAUAACAAAGGUAGCGAUAUACACGUUGGCGGCAUUUUCGGUUUUGGCCCUUUCGUCGGUCAUCUUUAGCAUCCUGUGCACGUUCUCUUCAGUCUGUGUAAACUUCCGACUCUGGUGGUCCGGAUUACCCAGUGACGAGGCAAAACGAUCAACGGAAUCCCUCGAUAACGCUGAACGCUUCGUGAAGAGCUCCAUUCGAAAAUACAGAGUGCAUAGUUCUAACAAAGGCUAUACCUAUUAAACGAAAAACCCUUCACGAUAAUUUUGUUUUUAAAUAAUUUUGUGAUAAAAACUACGCUGCAA